AUGAGAAUCCGCGAUGGAAUCCCCACUCUUGCAUUCCCCGACCCGAGGCCCUCUACCUCCGAUGCUGCGCUCGAGGAAGCCGCGUCCCUCAGCACCAAAGCCCGCCAGCUCGGCGCCCGCGGCAGCUACUACGAAGCCGAGCGGCUCUUCCACCAGGCCCUCGAGCUCGUCAGCCCCUCGACGCCCUCCACGAGCCCGACGUUCGCCCGGCUCUCCAACGGCCUCGGCGAGACCUACCUGCACAUGGGCCGUCUUGACGACGCCGAGCAGUGGUUCUCCAAGUCCCUCGACGUCUCCGUCGCCAUCCGCGAGUUCGCCGAGAUCGCGAGCAGCCGCGAGAACCUCGCCCGCGUCCAGCGCGCCAAGCGCGAGCUCUUCAAGGCCAAAGCCCUCCGCAUGCUCGGCGCCCCCGACGACAUGCGUGCAGCCACACCAGCUGUGCUGGGCCGCUGCUCCGGUCUCCGGACUUCUGCAUCUGCGGAGGUUGCAAGACUGCCUUCUACUGUUCUGUCAACUGUCAGGAGCGACUGGGAGGCGCACAAGCGGCGCUGCCGUCGCGGUCUCUAG